CCUGAAACAAGGGAGUUUAUUUUAUGGGCGUUAGUUUCUGAAUUGAAGAGGUCACCAACAAAGCUGUAUAUUUUUUACGAGUGGUUUAUUGUUAGAAAUAGAAAAAAGAAAGCAAAAAGGGAAAGGGAAAUGAGGUGAACACGUUUACCGAAAAAGGCACUUAAAGUUUUGUUUUCGUCAAAGUUAGCUCAAGUUGUUUACAAUGGGAUGCUGCAGCAGUACCGAGAUUAAACGAGACUGGAAACCGCUGGAGGAGCGCAGCUGCACAGACAUCCCAUGGCUCCUCAUAUUCAUACUGUUUUGUGCUGGCAUGGCGUGUAUUUGUGGCUAUCCCAUCGCCACAGGAGCUGCCAGCAGACUGGUCCGAGGAUAUGACAGUUAUGGCAACACCUGUGGAAAGAAUAACACCAAGAUAGAGGGAGUACCUCUCAGUGGCCGGGACAUGACAGAAAACAAGUAUGUUUUCUUUCUAGACCCUUGCAACCUUGAUUUAAUCAACAGGAAGAUCAAGUCGCUUGCCCUUUGUGUCUCCAAAUGUCCUGCUGCUGAACUGCAAACUUACAAUGAUGUAAAGCAGUUUUCUCUGAAUAACGGAUCUCAUCUCUGCUCCUAUGAUAUAUCUCCAACAAGAUACACAAGCCAUGCAGAUAGAUCGACUAAAUGUCCCAAACUUCCUGUCCCGCCAAGUAAGUCUGUCCCCCUGUUACACCGCUGUAUUCCUACGGAUAUCGGCUGCUAUGCUGAAUUCGCCCAGGCCUUCGUCACAUUCGUCAGUGACAACAGCGUGCUGCGCCGGGUCGUCGCCGGGGUGAUGGCCAGCAAGGAGAUCAUCAUGGGCCUCUGUCUACUGGCUUUAGUUCUGUCCCUGAUCAUGAUGGUUGUCAUUCGUUACAUUUCCAAAGUACUGAUGUGGAUUCUAACCAUUCUAGUAAUCAUCGGCUCCAUUGGUGGGACCGCCGUCCUCUGGUGGCUCUAUGCGGAUCACAGGAAGGCUCUCGAAAAUAACACCCUAUCAGUAUUUGGGAAAGAAGUUGCAUCAGACAAUGUUAAAGCCCUGCUUGUGUAUUCAAUUGGUGCUACAAUAUUCACGGUAGUCCUCUUGCUUGUGAUGUUCUUCAUGAGGAAGCGUGUUGCUCUUACCAUCUCCCUGUUCCACGUGGCUGGAAAAGUGUUCAUCCAUCUUCCUCUGCUGGCCCUGCAGCCUUUCUGGACCUUCCUCUGCCUCAUGCUCUUCUGGGUCUACUGGAUCGCUGUGCUUCUCACUCUCGGGACUUCAGGGACAGCAGUGAAGAACAACUCUACGGGCUUGGUGGAAUAUCAGAUGCAGGGGCCUUACCAGUACUUGGUGUGGUAUCACGCUGUGGGUCUCAUCUGGAUCAGUGAGUUCAUACUUGCCUUCCAGCAGAUGACCAUCUCUGGAGCUGUGGUCACCUACUACUUCACAAGGAAUAAGUCCCAGAUGCCUGCAACUCCCAUCCUCUCCUCCAUGGCACGUACCUUCCGAUACCAUUUGGGUACUCUGGCCAAAGGCUCCUUCAUCAUCACGCUUGUUAAGAUCCCUCGCCUCAUCCUAAUGUAUAUACACAGCCAGCUCAAGGGAAAGGAAAACGCCUGUGCCCGCUGCAUGCUGAAAGGCUGUAUUUGCUGUCUGUGGUGUCUUGAGAAAUGUCUUGCGUACUUGAAUCAAAACGCUUACACUGCGACAGCCAUCAACAGCACAAAUUUCUGCACCUCUGCCCGAGACGCCUUCCUCAUCCUGGUGGAGAAUGCCCUCCGAGUGGCCGCCAUCAACACUGUCGGCGACUUUGUCCUCUUUUUGGGAAAGGUGCUUGUAGUCGCCUGUACUGCCUUCGCCGGCGUCCUGGCUCUGAACUACCAGCGGGAAUACACCGUGUGGGUCCUGCCCCUCCUCAUCGUCUCUGUGUUUGCCUUCCUGGUGGCUCACUGCUUCCUCUCGGUCUUUGAGAAUGUGGUGGAUGUUCUCUUCCUCUGCUUUGCUGUGGACUCAAAGUACAAUGAUGGUAGCCCUGGACACGAGUACUACAUGGACAAAGCCUUAAUGGAAUAUGUUGAGAACAGUAAGAAAAGUGGCUUGUACAAGCCUCGGGAUGGACAUGGACAGGAACUGAAGUCAAUGGCACGUGGAGGGACUUCUGCUUGACCAAGCAUCAGAAAGACAGCAAAAAACCACUAAAAAAUAUGCCAAAUAUUAACUCAGAGAUAACCAGCUUACCACUCCAGGGACAACAAUAAGAUAACAAUAAUCUUUUAAAAGAAGCUACAAGGAGCAAAAGCUGCAUUGGAUUAUAUUGAAUGUUAUAUGAUAGCAUAUUAAGUUUGACACUAAUGGCUAUAAUGUUAAAGCUCUUUUAGGUUUGUGUUAUUAGAUAAGUUUGCUUCACAUUGCAAUGUUUCCCUAUAACAGAGUUUUUGUUUUUAUAAGAUUUGAAUGAUAUGAGCGAUUUGACAUGGUUUAACAUGUUUGUUUUUCUUCGUGACAUAAUUCAUGUCAGCUUUAGUUUGAGUGGUUUGGUGUACAUUUUUAAAUGAAUAGCUAACUGUGUUUUGUCAAAGGCUAUUCAAGUUGUUUUAACUUCUCAAUUUUAUACAUUAAACAAAAAACAAAAGUG